GUCUGCGGGUGGCCUUUCUGUGCUGGAGAGCCUCUUUUACACUCACUGACGAUUGCUUGUCACUCUUUUAGGCCGCAACCCCAAUCGAUCGGAGCCGAGAAAACCGUCCGUUAUCACCGCUGUGUACCGUGGAGAUUAAAGUGCUGAGAGGUAGUGAAGGAACCUGCCACGGCGAUAAAUAUCGCGGAACAUCGGUGAUUGCACCUGUAGAAACAAGGGGAUAAAUCGUCCAGUCUGAUCCCCCGUGAUUGAAUUAUUAACAUCAUCCUGUGCAUUUUUUUGUUAAUUUUGGACGUCUUGCUCAUUUUGGAUUUUUGCUAUUCCUGGAUAUUUACUAUCUUGGACUUUAGCUCACCUUAGAUUUUCGAAGUAAGAAAUAACGUUUUGCUCAAUCGAGCCGGAAAACGCCGCUGAAUUUUGCACCCGCCUUUGGCGAGGGCUGGUCUCGCUUCAGUCGUGCAAAAUGAAGAAAAUACUAAAAAUUACAAGAAGAAAGGAAAAACUGUCUUUCAGAGCUAGUGACACUUCAAGUGAAAUACGUGCAGGUUAUGAACUGAAAGAGAAAGAUUUGGGAAAGCUACACAAAGCUGCAUCAACUGGGGAUUUGACCAAACUUCGGCAGCUCAUUAAGAAAAAGAACGUUAAUCAACUGGAUAAACAAAAUAGAGCACCAUUGCACCUUGCAUGUGCAAAUGGACACACUGAUGCAGUUACUUUGCUUGUUGAAAAUAAUUCAAAACUUAACAUUUGUGACAAUGAAAACCGCUCUCCUUUGAUGAAGGCAGUGCAGUGUGAACAGGAGCGUUGUGUAGUUAUCUUACUAAGCCACGAUGCUGAUCCUAAUCUGGUGGACAUUAAUGGAUAUACUGCUCUGCAUCUUGCUGUCCUGAUCCCCAACAUCUCUUUGGCGAUGCAUUUGCUGGAGUAUGGGGCACACAUAGAUGCUCAAGAUAAGAGUGGAUAUACUCCUUUGCUGUUAGCAGCUACUAGGAGCCACCAAAAAAUGGCAAAAUGUCUUCUUAAAAAGGGUGCUGAUGUGAAUGCAAAGGACAAAACUGGGAGAACUACCCUAAUGAUCGCUGCAAGCAGUGGACAAAUUACCUUAAUUAAGCUGCUUCUACAUUAUGGUACAGACGCUUCUUUAAAAGAUGAUAAUGGAUGGACAGCUGAUGAUUAUGCACUUAUGAAUGGACAACACGCUUGUUCUCAUCUAAUCACUGAACAUCAUACAAAAAAGAGACAUCAAUCAUCACACUUCGAAUCAGGAGCGAUGAAAGAAAUGCCCAGUAGAUCAGACCAUUCUGCUGAAGUAAACUUUGGAUUUGGAGGACCAGCCAUGAAUAAAGAGAGAGGUGGAUACAAAGUCUUUAGAAGAGAGGCAAAGCAGCAUCAACUUCAUGGACCCUAUGCAGAUUACAGAGGAGGAGGUGUUAGCUGUCUUGAGACAAAUCAGGUGAUGGAUGAUAUUUCUCAGAUAGAAUCUUUCAGUGGGGAGUCAAAGAGUGCUGCAGAUUCCUGGUUGUCUUCAAAUGAAGAAGAUGAUGUGCCAUGUUCUUCCAAGGCAAUCCAGAAGUUUAAUUUGACCAAGUUGCUAAGUUCUUCACAGCAAAACAAGGAAAACUUUACUGAAGAGGCUACACCUGGCCAAACCCAUCUCAUGGACAAUUUGCAACCAGUUAAAUCGGAUGAAGUUAUGGUGGAAAAGUUAGAAAAUGACCAUCAAGAUGAAGAUGAAACAUUCGAGAGUAGUGGUUCAUUAGUCCAGUCCAGGAAUUGUUCUCCUGUAACUGUUGGCUGUUCAUUCAGUUUUCCUGUAGAAAAUCGUUUAAAUUCUACUCCAUCAAAAGACAAGGAGAACAUGUUCUUGGAAGAGGAGGAGCCUUUGAGAGCUUCUUCCAAAGGGUCAGAACUUGAAGCAGUGCAAACUUCUGAUUUUAGUGGAACUUCUGCUUCUGCAUUUCAAGAACAAAAGGCUUCAUGCAAAAAAAAUAGAAGAGACCUACUGUUAGAGCUGGGUUUGGAAGAGUCGGAGGUGGAAGCAAACACGGAAUCUCUUAAGGAUUCUAAGUCCAUCUCAGAAGGCUCAAGGGACAAAUCUAUUGCUUCAUCUGGUAUCCUGGGCCAAAGGAAUAAGAUGAACCAGAAUGAAGUAGAUGACUCAAACUGGGACUCUGAAAGUGCUUCUGUCAAAACGCCAAAAAUGAACCACCAAACUGUUUCCCAAGGGGAGACGUCUCCAAUUGAGGAUGGAGGUAAUGAAAAUAGAAAGAAUUAUGAAGGGAAAAAUGAGAAAGCAGAGGAAAUGAACCUGAAUGAGGAGCCCAAUAUGACCAAUAGUGACAGCACUGCUGAGAUGGUGCGGGUAGAGGAGAAUCAAAGAAAGACCGUGAAUGGACAAUAUGUCAAAGUCCAGACAAAAGAGGACACAAAAACAUUACAUUGGAGAAUUGUAACAGCUGAGCUGGAACAAAGGAUCCAAGAAAUUUGGCGCAAUAAAAAUGACACUCUGGAAUAUGCAGAAAAUUAUUCUGGAAGCUGCUCAAGUAGUGAAUGUAAUGAAGAUAUUGCAAUUACUCCUUUUGGAAAUAACAAAAUUACUGCUUUAGAGGAAGAAUUAGAAGAAGAGAGCAUAAGUAAUGAUGAUGACCAUGAUGUGCUUGAUCUUCUUAAUGAGCCAGAAGAAGCAGCAGGUUUUACUGUGGAGCCAAGAGAUGAUCAGCAAACACUCAAAAUAUGCAAGUCCAAGCCAGCGGAAAAUAAUGGUGAUAACAGAUUGGCACACACUUGUGUACUUAAGGAAAAACAGGAGUUAAACUGGGAAGCAGUUAAGGAAUGUAUUGUAAAGAAAGAAGGAAAUAAUGAUGCUGGUUACCUUUCUAACAAUGACAGUGAUUUUCAUAAAGUAGAAUCUAGGACUGAUAACAAUGGACCUUCUGAUAAAAAAUCUGCUUCGUUUGGAGAAGCUCCUACAGAAUUGGUAGACUUUUCAUCUAUCAGAAAUGAAAGUCUGAUGUCCAACUGUUUCCCCAAUCCUGACGCAAGACGUUUUGAAUCACCAGAUUUGAAACACUGUCGAAAAACUGUCCAUCUGCCCUCUGUGGUGGCUGCUAAAUCUUACUUGGAUGAAGAAUUAGAGGAAGAAGAACAACAGUUUAAGAAUGAAGUAGGAAUGCUGAAAGUCGAGUUCCUGGCUUUGGAGAAAAAAAAAGUACAGCUGGAGAAAGAGGUUAUAGUAGCAAAAGAAAAUAUGCAGCAACAUAACGUAACACCCUACUUUAUGACGGGUAUGCACAAGGUUGCACCAGCAGAACCCAUUCUAAACAAAGGCAAAACAGAAGGGCCUCUUUUAGAAGGGAGUAACUUGGGCUCAAAUGAGGAGAAAUAUGAAAAUCAACAUAAUCAAGAGAGGCCAAUCAAACAACAUCAGUUAUCUGCAAUGAAUACCUUAUCUGCCUUUGAAGAUAGUUCUGCAAGUGAGAUAUCCCUAGAUGAAAAAGCUUGCAAACCCUCUUCAAAUGAAAUGCACAUGAAAGCAGUGAAUAUUUCUGAUGACCUGAGUAAUCUCACACAGUUGUUUGACAGCAGUGAAAGCGAUUCAGAAUCUUCUGAUCUCAUGUACAAGAUUAAGGCGCAAUUACUCCAAAUUGAUGUGGAGACGAUAGACUCAGUAAGUUUACUGAAAAUCCAAAAUAUGGUUCAAGAAUAUGAAAGAGGAUUGAAACGAGAAAGGAAGCGUUAUGCCUUGCUCGCAGAGAAAGCGAAAUAUCUAGCAAAUGAGCGGAAAGAACUGAAUCGAAUAUUGAAGGAAGCUAGAGAUAUGAAAUUGACACUAGAGUGUAAAAUAGUGGAGAAGGAUUUUGAAUUUAAAUGCCACAAUUUCAGGAUGAAACAAGAGGAAGAGAAACGGAAAACUGCAGAAAUGUUGUUAGCAAAGAGCUGUGAACAUCUUCAGGAAAAGGAAUCCCAGUAUUGUGAAGAAAUCCAAGAAAAACAUAAGGUUGAACUAAUGUUAAGAAACCUGGAGAUAGAAAGGGACACAGUGAUCACCGAUCUGAAAAAGCUGAGUGAAGAAAACAAAGAGUUACAAAUCCAAUUAAACCAGGAGAAAGCAAAAUGUGAAGAAAUUCUGAACAGGCAUCUGCACAAUCAGCAAACAAUGGCUAAAAAAAAUAAUACGGCUGUACAAGAAAUAGAGCCUCUUGCUCAAUGCGACAGUCACCAUGAUGAAGAAGCAUUGAAGGAACACAAUUUUACACUACAGCAGGAGGUUACUGUGCUCAAGCGUGAAUUGAAUUAUUUGCGUGAGCGCAAUCAAGAGGAACAGGAAAAGUAUAUGGAACAGAUUGAGACUUUAAAAGUAAAGCUUGAAGAUACAAAGAAGGAUUUAAGAAGUAGUGAAAAUAAUCUAACUCAAACAAAUUUACAGUAUAAUAGUCAGCUGAAUGCCAUGAAAAGUGAAGUUUUAUUGCUGACUUCCAAACUUGAACUUCUUGAGGCACAAAGAAAAGAUCAACAGAGUGAGAAGGAAUCUAUUCUUUCACAUUUGAAUGCAACAAUUCAAGAAUUGGAAUGUAGUCAGAAGGCCAACUGUGAAUUUGAACAAAUUCUUCAAAAGGAACGUGAUGAAUGGGUUCAUUUAGAUGAAAAAAGAAAUAAUAAAAUUUCUAAUCUUUGUGCAAUCAAUAAGAAAAUGUCAGAGAAAUUAACUAAGGAGGAAGGAAAAGCUAAUGAUUUAGACAAGAAACUUCAUCAUGCUAAACUUUCUCUUGCUGAAAAAAACUGUAUGCUUGAAAGUGUUCAGAAAGAGCUGAAGCAAUUUCAGGAGCAUGUAACUGAUCUAGAACAAACAAAUAAAGUGGAAAAAGAACAGUUAAGCAAACACGAAGUUCGUCAGGUAUCUUUACAAGAGAGACUAGCUCAAGCUCAUAGUGAAAUUACACUGUUACAUCAACAGCUCGAAGAUGCACAAAACAAAGUUAUAAUGAAGGAAAAGGUGGUUACUGAUGUUCAGGACAAAUUCAAUAAUAUGUUCGCUACACUGCGAGAAGAUAGUGAGCGCAGGAUCAGUGUGUUGGAGAAAAGAAAUGAGGAGUUGUUGAACAAGAACAUGGAACAAAAUGAACAAAAAUGCAAAUAUGAAAAUGAAAUAGAUGUAAAAGAGGCUUCAUUGAGGCAGCUUCAACAGGAUCUCGCUGAUUCGCUGAAAAAACUUUCUAUGUCAGAGGCCUCUUUGGAAGUGGUCACACGUUCUCGCAAUGAAAUAGAGGGUGAGAAAAAUCACUUACAGAAACAAUUGCAUAAAUUGAAAAUUAAGUUACAGGAGAACCAAGACAAAAACAUGCAAUCAGAAAGGAAAAUUCAGCAGUUGGAGAAUGCUUUGAAAGAGAAAGAAUAUCAGAUUGCAACUUCCCAGAAAAUUCAAGAAGCUUUUUCAACCUCCUCACAAAGGAAUGAGGCUACAAAACAUCUUGAAGAACAGAUUCUGCGGCUAGAGAUAGAGAAUGCAAAAUUAGAAGCUGCUGCAAAAGAGCAAACAAACAAAUCUGAGUUACUGGAGAAGGAACUUAAAGAGUCCCAGUCAGUUCAUGCUCGUCUGGAAGACUUAAUAACAAAUUUGCAAGGGUUAAGGGUUAACUUGGAAGAUCAACUCAGUCAAGAGCAACAAAAUGCAAAAGAUUCACAUCAACAGUUGGAGGGAGAACUAAAAUCUCGAUCUAAGCUUGGCCUUCGACUUGCUCAGUUGGAAAAAGUUAAAAAAGAGCUAUCAGACCAGGUUGAACUUGAAAAGAAACGAGUAAAGAAGCUUGUAAAGAAUAACCAAUCAGUUGAAACUAGACUGGAUCAAGAAAUAGAAAGAAACAAUGAACUCCAAAGAGAAUUAUACCGAAUGAGAACACUCUUGAAGACUGCCAAGAAGAAGCUGAAACAAAAUGAAGUUCGACUGGUUGACUCCCAUAUCAACGGAAGUGAAGAACUGGACCAUGAGCAAAAUGAAACGGCAGACAUUGUUAGCACACUAAAGAGGAAGAUUUAUGAAUUGUCCAGCCAACUUGAAAGAGAAUCUGCAAAGUGCAAGCAUUUGGAAUCGACAAAUGAAGAACAAAUCAAGGCAAUGCAUUUUCUACAAAAGAGUCAUGAUCAUCUCGAGCAAAGGAAACAGCAGCUAGAGGAAGAAAUGUUGCACCUGAAGACUCAGGCUGAAACUCAAAGGAGAGACAGCAGUUACUUGGAAAGCUACAAGAAGAAAAUGGAGAAACAAGCUCGGAAGGAAGUAACACAAAAACUGGAAGAAGUUAAUACAUUUUUGAAAAUCCUUCAAGCCUCCAGUGAAACUUUGGAGGAAAUGAAAGCUUCAAAUGAAUUUGCAUCUAGAAAUGAACUGGAACAGAGAAGCAGAGACCUAGAAUGGGAGCUGAAUAAGCUUAGAACUUCACAACAAGAGACUCUGAGACUUAAAGAAUCUGCAGAGAAGGAAAUUGAAAGAAACAAAGAAUUGUAUUCACUACAAUCUAAACCAUGUAAAUCCAUUGCAGCACAACUUAAUGGAUCAAAUGAAAGGUUGGCAGAAGCCACAAGUGGGCUGAUUAAAGAACGUUUUCGUUCAAAAUCAUUGAUUGGUGAUUGCAAUGAAAAUAAAAGUUUAACCACAACAUGUGUGCAGAAUGGGAGCCAUCUACAAAGUAGAUUGGGUGAUGACAGUGAUUUGGAAAUUUCCCACAAAGGUAUAGGAAGUAACUUAAAUCCAGAAGUGGAUGAACUGUCUCCUUACAGAAGAGUAGAUUCAUUCCCCUCUAAGAUUCAUCAAACCUCUAAUGAAACUUUGGAGGAUGCAAAAGCUUCAAAUGAGUUUGCAUCUGGAAAUGAACUGGAACAGAGAAAUAGAGACCUAGAAUGGAAGCUGAAUGAGGAUGGAACUUCCCAACAAGGGAGUCUGAAUCUUAAAGAAUCUGCAGAGAAGGAAAUUGAAAGAAACAAAGAGUUGCAUUCACAGCAAUCUAAACCAUGUAAAUCCAUUGCAGCACAGCUUAAUGGAUCCGAUGAAAGGUUAGCAGAAGGCACAACUGAGCUGCUCAGAGGACACUUUUGUUCAAAAUCAUUGAUUGGUGAUAGCAUUAAAAAUGGAAAUUUAACCACAACAUGGGCUCAGAAUGGGAGCCAUCUGCAAAGUAGAUUGGGUAAUGGCAGUGACUUGAGAAUUUCCCACAAAGGUAUAGGAAGUAACUUAAAUCGAGAAGAGGAUGAACUGCUUCCCAGCAGAAAAGUAGAGUCAUACCUUUCUGAGAUGCGGGAUGAAUUGAGGAAAAGUAUUAACAAAGAACUUGCUCAAGCCUAUGCUGAUUUGGAUGUGUGUUCACAUAUCUCACCUAUGGGAUCUACUAGUUUCUCCCUGACAAAUUCAAACCAAAUUCAGGAUCCUCUAACUACAAGCAUAGCACAGUACCGGAAGGUUUUAAAGGACAAUUACCUGAUUUGAAUCGCACCAUAUAUUUAAUAUUAAGAUCCUGUAUAAAGCAGGUCAGAAUUACAUAUUGUAUGUAUUCAUCCAAUAAUAGUUUAAUAUAAUCAAUACAUUAGUUAGUUGAUUAAAAUGUUAACUUUUAUAUUUCUGCAAUUUUUUGCUCAGGAAUAUUUUUGUGUAAAUUACUCUACAGGACUUAUUUUUAUUGUUGCAGAUGAUGCAAUGCCAAUACUGACAGAACUAUUUCUUAUAACUAUUAACAUUCAUUAUUUGAAUAAGAAACAUUUUAUCAAAGUACAUCUUAAAUCACAAACUGUUCCAAAACUGAGUUUGUAAAUAAUACCUUGGUAAAAUUGCCAUAUGCUUGAUGUUUAUUCCAUUGUCAUACUGUAUUUAUUCUACACUAGUUUACCUUGUGAAAUAAUGCCAAGAUUUUAAGAACUUGUUUUGGUACAUGGUACAAAGGCAUUGCAAUGUACAAGUUUUCUUGUAUGAUACAAGAAUUCAUUUAGUGUAGGAAGUUUAAUAUUUUGAGCAUGUAUUAUCACAAUAAUACUAUAAACAACCCAGUCAUUUUUAAACCCAUCUCCUUAUAACAUUAAGUCUUUAAAUGCAGCCUCUAAUCAUCGAGUAAAAUAAGUAUCAUCAAAUGGACCUAAGAAUUUUAAUUAAUAUUUUCCAUACUCAUGUGAUGCUUUGAUUAUUUCAUCCAAAAAAAAAACUCGUUCCAUGAUCUCUGAACCUCAUGCAAUAUAUUUUGGUUAAAAAAAAAUUGUCCACAGAAUUAAUUGGCUCAGUUAUCAAAAUUAAACAAGUUUAAUAAAAUUCACUGGUUCUUAUAUAAAUAGAUCCUAUUGAAAAACAUUUAAUUCCAUGUAAGUAGCAUUUCCAUUUUAUUGACAGUUUUUAAAUUCAUUGUUUGUUUACAUACAUCCACUGAGUCCAACAGAGAGGCAGCUUUAUUGAGAUGGUGCCAUCUGCUGGAAUAACUGCUUCCUGUAAACUGGUGCUUUCAAAAUGCCAUUGGCUGCAGUGGGCCUAUCUACCUCAGAAGUGAUGUCUCUUUUAUAAGUGUUGAUUUGUAAAAGUUGAUCAAGCACAACCACCAGCAAGUGUGUCUUCCUUCUCUCCUUUAACCCAUCUAUACCAAUGUCACCCCUUGUAUUUCCAGUAUCCUGAAAAUUGUGACAUUGAAUUGUGUAAAUACCCAAUACAACAUCCUCCUUAACUUUUUGCAAUAAUGUUGAAAUGAGGUUUAUGUUUAAAAAAAUCUUCAGAAAUGAUAAACUAUAUUUAUACUUUGAGUGUUCAUUUCGGUGGAUUCACAAAGCAGAUGUCAAAUUUAUACAAUUGGUACAAUGUGAACUAGAGACUCAGUUUAUUAUUCACUCUUGUCUGAAUAAAUAAAAGAUUAUUAAAUUCUCUGGGUAUAUUUAAAGUAUAGAAUCUUAAUUUCAUGAAUAUUUUAAAUAUGAUAUCUUUCCUUUAAAAUCAUAAACCAUUUUAUGUCUUGUUCUUGUCACAUUCUCAAUUUUUUCCAUUACAAGUUUACUUUCUACCUUUGGCAAAAUAAAAUGCCACGUUUUCCUGUACUUGUUUAUUUUCCCUUGCUGGUUUCAAGGGAGAAAGAUUGUCUUUUGGUUCUGUGUGCAGUAUUGAACUUUAUUUGCUUUUCCACUUUUUUCAAUUAAAGUGAUUGACUUCA